UCAUGUACCUAGCUAGAGUUGCUUCUUCUUUCGCUCGCUUCACCGCUCGAGUGACUCUUCACACCACAUCGACCGGCAGUUUCCUGCUGGGUAACUCUGGCUUGGAGGGUCGCAUUCUCACUGGGUUUUAGCUGCGGCCAUGCCGGGACAACUGACUUUAGUUUGAAAUUUGACGCCGAGCGCAGCAGUUCGUUAAAAACGAGAGCGCGGCCAUUGCCAACGACAUAGUCGCUGCCACCGUUACCGCCACCGUUACCGCCACCGCCACCGCUACCGCUACCGUUGCCAUUCCCGUCGGCGUCGCCGUCGACAGCGACGUCGCUGCCAGCACAUCCUGCAGCCCAGCGGCUGCCCAGGAUGCGUGCGGGCGGGCAAAAGCCCCAAACUUCAACAAUGUGCAAAGUGUUAACAUUGAAAACGACGAAGGUUUGUGGCCUUCAAGACGGGCCUGUCAGGUGGUCUUAGAGUUGAGCGAACCAGGUAAACUGGCUAAUGGCCGCAGAAUAUCGCAAUGGAAAAACGAAGGACAGCCGCCAAAGCGAUGCUGGCCAUUUGGUUGUACGCAUGUGCCAGAAUUUGGGGGCCCAGCUCGGCCCUUCUCCUGCUUUCGCAGAGCUCCUAGUGACUGCGUCUGUCCUCAUUUCGUUGCCUCUCUGCAUGAGUGUGCGUGUGCGUGUGUGUGUGUGUGCUGUGCGCGCCCGGAAAUGUGCAAAGCAGCCAACGCCAGCGCCUUUCAACCACUUUUCAUUUGCGCAGAAACAGCAAUACCCCAGCUCCCACCAAGCUUCGCUGUCGCGCUAUCAGCCACAGUCGCAGCAGCAGCAGCAGCAGCAACAACAACAACUUAAGCAGCAAUCAACCCCCAGCCAAAGUCCAAGUUGUGCGUUCUAUGCGCGCUAUAAAACACUUGUCCCGCCAUUUAAUGCAUGGGUUAAGUAGUAUACCGAAAUAUUAGUGGCAAUUGCCAAAAAAAAAAAAAAAAAAA